UAGACGUCCACGUCAGUUCACACCGCCAAUGGGCGAUGCUUAAUACCUCUCUCCCCAGCAAUUUUCAUCUUUCUCUAAAAGCCACAGGAAGAAACCCUAGAAAGCUGCCUCUUAGCUUUCUUGCUUCACCCUCCGAAAUUUGAUUUCCUCUUAGGGUUUCUUGAUCUUCUCAACCUAAAUCGAAUUGGAAGUGAGUUAUAUUUCUUUUGAAGAGGCAAAGAAAGAUUGAAUUUUUUUGAUCGACCUGUUGGAGUUGUGUGUAUAGAAAGUCAUAAGGAGUUAAAAAUCUUAAUGGUCAUCAUCACUUCAAAGAAUUAUGCUAUAUCCGAGAGCAAAGUUAGCGUAUGGUUCAACAUGCAGGUUGGAAGUCCCACUCGAUUAUCUAAUACAUGAACAUCUUAAUGCAGAUGAUGACUUUAUCCAACGCUUAUCAACAGUGCCAUGGUAUCAGAUAUUGCUGCUGCAUUUGGGAAGGAGUUGGUAGUCUUAGUUUUUUGCUGAUAUUUUCGACAUCUGAACAUGCCAAAGGAUAGAAGAGAUCGGUCUGUGUCUUUUGAUAGAUACAGGGCAUCUCCUUUCCCUUGUAGCUCCAGUCGUGGAAAACGAUCUUCACCCAAAAAAUCUUCAGAAACCGAGAAGGAAGUGAAAGAAUGGGAAGAUGCUAGGUGCCCUGUCUGCAUGGAACAUCCUCACAAUGCUGUUCUUCUCUUGUGUUCUUCCAAUGACAAGGGCUGUAGACCUUACAUGUGUGACACCAGCUAUCGCCACUCCAAUUGUCUUGAUCAGUUCCGCAAGUCAUUUUCAGAAUCCUCCUCAACAGUACCACUGCAAGAAGAAAUGCCACCCUCAGACACACAGUUGUCCCCCAUGGUGACUUCAGAAGCAACAGAUGUCGAUUUGCAUGGAGAGAGGAGUGAGGAAGGUCCCUUCACCAUGCAUACCAUGUCUUGUGAGAAUAAGACCCAGCCCAAGCUGGUGUGCCCUCUCUGUCGGGGGCAGAUUAAUGGUUGGACUGUUGUGGAGCCUGCUCGUCAUUUCAUGAAUGCUAAAUCAAGAAGCUGUGCUUGUGAGACUUGUGAUUUUAGUGGUACAUAUACGGAUCUCAGGAAGCAUGCAAGGCUAGAGCACCCCCUUGUGCGGCCAUCAGAAGCUGACCCAGAACGGCAGCGUAACUGGAGAAGAAUGGAGCGACAGAGGGAUCUUGGAGAUUUGCUUAGCACACUUCAAUCUUCAUUUGGAGAAGAAAGGGGUGAUGACAGCAUUCUUCCAAUUGAUGAAGGUGGUUGGCUGACUGUAUUUUUCCUUAUUAGAGUUUUCCGUCCUAGUUCUAGUUCAAGGAGCAGCAGCUGGUCUGGUACCUCCAGAGCCAGAGCUCAACUGACUAUCAGAAGGAGGUCUACAAGACUCUGGGGGGAGAGCUAUGAGGCAGAAAGUGGCUCUGCUUCCAGAGAUGAGGAUAACGAGUCUUCUGAUGGUGGAUCAGGUCCUUGGAGGCAUGCCCGACCCCAGCGAAGGACAACACCAGACAACGAGCCAUGACUGUGAAGAAAUUUAUUAUCUCUUUGGUUACAUUUUGUUUAAGGGGGGGUUCAUGGGUGAGUGGCAGCAGUAGUCUUUCUAAGGUUGCUGUUGGUCUCAUACGUAUGACCCAAUUGUUUGUAUUGUGUUUCAGGUGGAACAAGGAGGGAAGAAAAAAUCAAAGAAAUGCAAGAUCUUUUGCUUGUGCUUCAGAAACCAUUCCUCCAGUGUGUGGAAUGGUUCUCUUGCUUACUAGAAAUCACAGAAAUGGGUAUCAAAGGAGUGAACAAAUUGUAAUUUUUUUUCCUUUAAAGAAGCUUGAAUCUAGUCCAGAAGCAUUUCUUCAGGAUGUCCUUUCUUUUGCUUUUUGCUCAAAAUACUUCCGUAAUUGUUUGUAUUUGGAACUGGUAAAGGUUGAAUUAGUUUCACAAUCGUUGGUUCCACAAUAGCAGAGUUACCAACAACCAA